AUGUCGGGUUCAGAGCAGAGAGACGAUAGCGUUCCGCCGACCGGGCAUGAUGCUAGCCCAGCGUCUCCAGGUGUGAAGCGGGAAGCGCCAGAGGUGGAGCCCGAUGUCGAGAUGGAUCUAGACACGCAAAGAGAUGAACAGCCCCAACCCGCUAACCCCGAUGCUAUGGAUACAGCCGGCUCGGACGACGAUUCUGCGGGGAACGAUGGUAAUUCAGGAUCCGACCAGACUCACCACACACCAUCCAGCAUGUCCACCUAUACUAACUCGGAAACAGCGACACAAAAUAACACAAAGACCCAAGGCUCCGUGCCGCCUGCGGAACGUCCUUGCUUCGAUGACCAGGUCGCGAAGGUGACCUGCUUUAUGAUGCAGCCGUUGCAGGAGAGCCAGAAGGGCUAUGUGGUUUCUAUGUCGUGGUUAAAGCGGGUGCUUGCACGGAGUUCGACUCAUGCCGACCAGGUGGAUAAGUCGGCCGCGGAAGGCGAAAUCGGUCCAGUCGACAACUCAGAUCUUGUCCUCGUCACAGACCCCGCCAAUACUCACUUCAAGGAUGAGCAUGAAGAGCCAUUCAUUCCCUUGCGCCCGGGACUACGAAUGGGAGAAGACUUUGAAGUGGUGCCUCAAGAGGGUUGGGACCUAAUUAUGCAAUGGUACGGGCUAGCGGAGCAGUCCCCAGUCAUCGUUCGAUAUGCUCACAACACCAAUGCAUCGGGCGAGUCGGAGAAUAUUCAAUACGAAAUCAACCCCCCGAUUUACACGAUCCUGAAGCUCUCAAACCCAUCAGCGGGGACAACCCCACAGGUCUUGAAAGAAAAGACACUGCCACCUGUCAAGACACUAUCUAGCCGACAAACCAAUUUCCAGAAGUGGCUGAAGCACGCCAAGGAGCAAGUUCAUAUUGACAUGUCGACCAAGGUUCGCGUUUGGCGGAUCUUAGGUGGCCUGUCAAGUGCAACCACAUCUGCUGCAAUUACGCCGGCUGCGUCUCGCAGCGCCUCUCCCGCGCCUUUUUCACCUCUCGUUUCGAAUGCCGGUACCAACCUUGUUCUUGAUCUCAACACCUUCCUAUCGCUGUCGGAGGGAUCUCAAAGAGAAUUGCUGGAAGAAGCCAAAGACCAAACUGCUAACCCUAAUUACAACGGACGGAUGACUCUGGACCUGGCGGGACUUGGCGAUAACGACAUUGUGGUUCUCGAAGAGCGAGUCUCCGGGACUGGAAGCGGGGGAGAGUGGGUGUCAGAGUUGUCCAAGCAAGCUCUCAACCGUCUUGGUGUUUCUUCCGGUGGUUUGAAAAGUAAUGUCCCGUCUAAAUUGAAGACGAAAAGCCCUGCUCCCAGCGGUCGCUCGUCCCCAAUCCAGGAACCUACCAGGGGAACACGCAAAGAUGGCAAACCCCGUGGAAAUACAGGCUUGAGCAACCUGGGUAACACGUGCUACAUGAACUCUGCUCUGCAGUGUGUACGCAGCGUGGAGGAACUUACUUAUUAUUUUCUAAACGAUGUUUACAAGCAAGAUCUUAAUCCCAGCAACCCUUUAGCCCACAACGGAGACGUUGCCAAAGCAUACGCUAAUCUCUUACGCAUGAUGUUUGAUGAAAACGGACAAUCCUCGUUUGCUCCUAGGCAGUUGAAACAAACGAUUGGCCGAUACGGUCCGGCGUUUUCAGGAUAUGGACAACAGGAUUCCCAGGAAUUUCUUUUGUUCCUCCUCGAUGGCCUGCAAGAAGAUUUGAAUAGGAUCCAGAAGAAGCCGUACAUUGAGAAACCUGACUCGACAGAUGAGAUGGUGCACGAUAAGGAAGCGCUACGAGGAUUUGCGGACAAGUGCUGGGAUAUCUAUAAAGCCCGCAAUGAUUCCGUUAUUACGGAUUUGUUUGCUGGUAUGUACAAGUCGACCCUGGUCUGCCCUGCUUGUGACAAGGUCAGCAUCAUCUUCGAUCCGUUCAACAACCUUACCCUCCAGCUCCCCAUCGAGAAUCUCUGGAGUAAGGAGAUUUUCUACUUCCCUCUUCGCAAGAAACCGAUUCUAGUCGAUGUUGAGAUCGAUAAAAACUCCAGCAUCAAGGCCCUCAAGGAGCUGGUUGCGAAGAAGAUGGACUCUGACCCUCAACGUUUGGUCAUGGCUGAAAUCUACAAAUGCAAAUUCUACAAGAUGUUCGACAACACAAGUUCAAUUGCUGAGUACCAUAUUAGCUCUGGUGACGAUAUUGCUAUCUUUGAAGUCGAGUCUGUCCCAACAAAUUACAACCCUGACAAGCCGCAAAAGAGCCACUUCUCCUUUGGACGUCCGAGCCAUGAGGAAGUGCUGAGCUUUGAUUCGCCCAGGGCGGAUAAGAUGUUGGUACCAAUCUUCAACAGAGUUGAGAGGCAGCGCCCUACCAGCUAUAGGAACUCGCAACGUCAAUUCUUUGGAGUUCCAUCGUAUGUUAUUAUUAACCGCGAGGAGGCAAUGGAUUACGAUAGCAUUAUGCGCAAGGUCCUUGCCGAGGUCGCCCCAAUGACUACUCGUGAUUUCCUGAAUGAAGAGGCAUCUGAUGAUAGUCCGCAAGAAGCAUCUGCAGAGGAUUCUGAUACUGUUAUCAUGAACGAGGACGACGCAGAGUCGGCCGACUCCAAGAUCAAGACUACUUCGGUUGACGGUGAGGAGGGUAUGGUGGAUGUGUCGAUGCGUGAUGCUUCCGACCAAACAGACGAUAAUUCUUCGCAAGAUUCCACGCGCAACGCCCGUCUUGAGAGCUCUAUUCCAGCUAGAUUCCAUAGCCUUUUCGAGAUAAAGGUUGUGAAGACUAACGAGGCUGUGCCUCUGGGCUUUUCGUCAGUGGAUGAAAAUAAGGAUUACCCAAAGAUGUCAUCACGCAUCAAACCAAAGGCUGUCAAGUCCCAGAAGGCAGCAAAGCCCAAGGCCCCUCCCGCCAAAACCCAGGAAGAAAGCGGAGUUGGCAAUGAUGAGCUCGAGCUUACAUCCGAGGCAGCUGAGAAGAAGUCUAGUGAUGAGGAAUUGACUGAAGACAAACGCGGCAAUAGCUCGGAUAGUGAAGUGGAUAUGCUCACUACUACUGCUCGCAAUUCCACCCCUAAGCCACAAGCCCAACAACGUCCUUUGGUUUGUCCUGGUGAGGCUAUUGUUCUGGAUUGGAGUGAGGACGCUCAUGAUGCUCUGUUUACUGGUGACAGCCGGGAUCGUGAUGGUGUCCGUGGAGCACCUACGUGGACUAACGUGGAGCGACUUGCUGAUCCUGACUUGGCUAAUAGACGUAUGCUUCGCCAGAGGCGCAAGAAGAGAGGUGUUACGCUCAAUGAGUGCUUGGACGAGUUCAACAAGGAGGAAAUUCUGUCAGAAAAUGAUGCCUGGUAUUGCCCCCGCUGCAAGGAACACCGUCGGGCUAGCAAGAAAUUCGAACUGUGGAAGACACCCGACAUUCUUGUCAUGCACCUCAAAAGAUUUAGCGCAAGCCGUGGAUUCCGGGACAAGUUGGAUAUUAUGGUCGAUUUCCCUGUAGAGGGCCUAGAUUUGACCGGCAGAGUUGAGGCGCCUGAAGAUGGGAAGAGCUUGGUUUAUGACCUUUUUGCUGUCGAUAAUCACUACGGUGGGCUUGGAGGAGGCCAUUACACUGCAUAUGCGAAGAAUUUCAUGACAGGCAUGUGGAACGAGUAUAACGAUUCAUCUGUAUCACGAUCCAUUGACCCCCAGAGUGUUGUUACUUCAUCGGCGUAUCUGUUGUUCUACCGGCGUCGGUCUGAUCGCCCCCUGGGCGGUAAAAUCCUCGAGGAGAUUACCGAAUCAUCCACCCGUCCUGGCAGUGAGGGCUCCGACUCACAAGAGGAAUCCCGCGGACCGUCUCCUUCGGGGGAAGGCCGGCGUCUCGGCGGCUCCUCCCGCAAUGGGUCGUCGAGCGCAUUAGCCGGAGUCGGAGCAGCUCACCAAUUGGGAGAUGGUGGUUUGCGAAUUGGAACUCAAAUGAAGAGCAGGGAUGAUGACAUUCCGCCGGAAUAUUCCAAUAGCCCCUCGUACGGGGAACGGAGCCUCGGCCGCACCAAUCGACUGGAAGGUAUGAACUUUGAUGAUGAAGAUUUUGGCAGCGGGGCGCUUGCAAACUCGUUUCGCUCCCCCAGCCCGCCCUCCUGGUCCUUCAAGCGAGUCACGGAUGCUCAUAGCGCUUUACAGAUCACAACAGAGCUUCCGGGACCGAUCUCUGACGACGAGGAUCUACUCGACGACGACGCCAGCAACAAAGCCGUGGGAGGCGGUGACAUCAGCGAUUCCGAGCUUCGACUGGCAUCACUCACGGAUAGCCCGCCUGGCCAAGGACCCGUUUUCCCAGGAACCCCUAUGGACGAGUCAUCCAUCCGCGACAUCCCUCCUUUAGAUGUGGAUGAUGACGACGACCUUCCGGUGGUCGAGUUACGAGUACCUGAUGAGGAGCAGAUAGUCUCCGACUAG